ACCUUUUAUGGGUAAUUUUAAGCAGGAGGCCAAGCCAACUGUGGCUUUUUCAGGUCACAUUACCCAAAGUUUUAAAACUGUGUACUGUGUGUGCCCCCUCACCAUCCCUAGCGCUCUCUCAUCUCCAUUUGCUAAACAAAAUCAUCAGAAAGGUGUCCCUGUGCAAGACUAUAAGCCCAAAACAGAAACUUCACCACCACCCCAUCUCCAAGAAACCAGAAAAGGAGAUUCCUUUUUCCUUGUACCCAUCCGACCCCAGAACAUGAAAUAACAGCUCUAAAGCAAGAAACCCACCGGGAUCUUUCUUCCUCACCACCACCAAUCUCCAGAUAUUGGAACCUAACCCCUCAGAUUGAGAAAUUUACAUUUUCACUUUGGAAUGUCCCAUCUUGACCACAUUCCAUCAACGCCAGGCAAAUUCAAGAUAGACAAAUCUCCAUACACAUAUAACCGAGUCAGGUGGACUUCAUCUCUAGCUAAACUCACAUUUUGGUCUUUUGUCUUUAUUGGCUUGAUUUUCCUCUUCUUUUAUCGAUCCCCUUCAUCAUCCGCCAAUCCUUCACAGUCCGAUCUAUCCCGCCGCUCUCUUCGGAGUUCCUGGGGCGGCUCUGCCUGGGAAAAACGGGUCCGAGCGUCCGCCAGAAUCCGCUCUCGAAAUGGGUUCUCUGUACUCGUCACUGGCGCAGCCGGGUUCGUUGGGACACACAUUUCUGCAGCUCUGAAACGCCGCGGUGAUGGCGUUCUGGGACUUGACAAUUUUAACCAUUACUAUGAUCCAUCCUUGAAACGAGCUCGCCAAGCGCUUCUUGAACGCACUGGGGUUUAUAUUGUGGAAGGAGACAUAAAUGACGUAGCAUUGUUGAAGAAGCUGUUUGAACUUGUGCAAUUUACACAUGUGAUGCAUUUGGCUGCCCAAGCUGGGGUUAGGUAUGCAAUGGAAAACCCCAGCUCUUAUGUGCAUAGCAACAUUGCUGGUUUUGUUAGUUUAUUAGAAGUUUGUAAAAAUGCAAAUCCACAGCCUGCAAUUGUAUGGGCGUCUUCUAGUUCAGUUUAUGGACUUAAUACAAAAGUACCCUUCUCUGAAAAAGAUAGAACUGAUCAACCUGCUAGUUUGUAUGCUGCUACUAAAAAGGCUGGAGAGGAAAUUGCACACACUUACAAUUAUAUCUACGGUCUUUCCCUUACUGGGUUGCGAUUUUUCACCGUUUAUGGGCCAUGGGGUAGGCCGGAUAUGGCUUACUUUUUUUUCACAAGAGAUAUUUUGAAAGGGAAGAGUAUACCCAUUUUUGAAGCAGCCAAUCAUGGGACCGUUGCUAGGGAUUUUACCUACAUAGACGAUAUUGUGAAGGGUUGCUUGGUGUCCUUAGAUACUGCAGAGAAGAGUACUGGGAGUGGAGGGAAGAAGAAGGGGCCAGCACAAUUGAGGGUUUUCAAUUUGGGAAAUACAUCUCCUGUGCCUGUUACUGAUCUUGUGGGGAUUUUGGAAAGGCUUUUGAAAGUGAAGGCCAAGAGGAAUAUUAUGAAGUUGCCAAGAAAUGGGGAUGUUCAAUUUACACAUGCCAAUAUUAGUUCAGCUCAAAGGGAACUUGGUUAUAAGCCCACGACAGAUCUGCAGACAGGUUUGAAGAAGUUUGUGCGAUGGUACCUUAGCUACUAUCAUGCUGGAGACAAGAAGGCUGAUGCUUGAUGAAUUUGAUUCUUUCAGUUCUGUGGUCGGGUACUUGAAAAAUUUCUCGUUCAUUUUGAUUCUUGUUAUUGUUUUAUCUCAACAUUUUUAUGGUUGAUCAUUGCACGAUUUUUGUCUUUCUUUGAAUGUUUAAUUGAUGCUGUAAGGAGGAAUAUCGCAUCCUUAUAUUGAAGAAGAUUUUGUGGUUGUGGAUAUUGUUCAAUGGGCAUUCCCAAAGUUGUAUUCAAGGAAAUUUUUUUGCCAAAAUCGUACAGGAAAUUAGCAAGUUUGUUGAGCAAUGAACUUGGAUAUAAGCUUUCCCUGCUGACUUCCCCUUUCUUCUGAUUAUUGAAGGUGAUUAUUUUGUUUCAUUUUUCCAUUUCUUUUCCACUGGGGACAAAAGAAUCACAGGUCUUUUAUGAGCAUCAACUACUAUCAUGACUCCUCUCCAGGUCAGAAAAGUGUAAAAAAGUUGGCUACAUAAUUGAAUUGCUUGUAUGGAAUUUUUCUCACUUCACGAGAUGUCAAUAAGAAAAGUUGCAUCCAGUUCAUGUAACCGACAACCAACUAGCCAUGUAUCCCUUCUCACAAAUUUAUUUGUUACUUGAGGUUCAAAAGCUGCAAGCACUACAAUGGCUGAUCUGGACGCUUGUUACAAACCCUGAACUUGGGAGGUCGGCGAUUUUCUUGAAUGCCAUGGAAGGUUUUUGAGCGCAGAAACUAUCUUCCUGUUCAUUCUGCUAAGCAGUCACCAGGAGGCAGAUCUCUUUAGGUUAGGUUACCCACUUCGCUAUUGGAGAUUGCAACGAACUUGCUUUGUAAAUGUUAAGCAAGGGAACCAGCGGCAUUGGUUAUGCCUUUGGGAGUUCAUUGUGGCAUUUAUGAGAGCUCUCUUUUAGUUAAAGUUAUACUUUUGA